GACCCUGAUUUGAUUAUGUGUAGAAAGCAGCCAGGAAUAGCCAUCGGCAGACUAUGCGAAAAGUGCGAUGGGAAAUGCCCAAUAUGUGAUUCUUAUGUAAGACCUUACACCCUAGUACGUAUAUGUGAUGAAUGCAAUUACGGGAGUUAUCAGGGAAGAUGUAUCAUUUGCGGAGGAACUGGUAUAUCGGACGCGUAUUAUUGUAAAGAAUGUUGUCUUUGCGAAAAGGACAGAGAUGGUUGUCCCAAAAUUGUAAACUUAGGCAGUGCGAAGACAGAUCUGUUUUAUGAAAACAAAAAGUACGAAUUUAAAAAGCAGUAA